AAACUACACAUCCCAUAAUGCACAGCGGUGGCGUGACAGCAGCACGCUGCGGAUGUUUUCCUCGUAGCUAGUGCUGGAGCUUUCUGGGGUGUUCUGCUCGCAAGCUGAUGAAACCUAUGCCCGUUAUUACAUUCAAAGGGACCUUAUUAUAAAGGAAACCAGCGGGUUUCACGGCGUUUUACGGAGGAUUCGCGUGCGAGAGUGGCGGUUGGUUUAUCGAGAGGCUGAGAUUGUAGGUUAGUGGAGCACAAUGUUGCUGUCAUCUGUGCCCAAGCGCAUGCUGAUGCGAAGGUCGCGCAGCCUGUCGCCCUGUCGCGCGCUCCAAACGACCGCAGCCGACUCCUCCUGCUCCACCGGGAGACAGGGUCUGCGCGAGGCAGUGGAUGCCAACCGAAACCCCAUCAUUUCCACGUCCCGUGUGUCUCGGAAGGGCAUUUUGAGCGAGGAAACUACGAGCUUGGCGAAUGUGACCCCUCAGCACAUGCAGUACCACCAUCUGGCCACGAGGUGGCUCAACAACCUGCAGGGCCGCCGCAGCUCCUGGGCCGCGCUCGCCAGCAAGGGCCGUGAGAACAACUACUGGGAUGGGGCGUCUGGCUCGCGACAGAGCCGCUCCUCCGGCUUCGCCACAGCCGGUGGUGUCCUGUCAGCUGCCGCCGUGGCCUUCUGCCUCAAGAAGGACGGAGACUCCAAAGGUGAUUCUCUUCUGCAGGCGGCACGGACCAACAGCUCUCAGGAAGUCCUCAGGCUGAUAGAUGAUGAAGGGGUGGAUGUGAACUAUCGCCACAAGAUGGGCUGGACUCCUCUCAUGGUAGCCGCCAUGAACAGGCAGCACAAUGUGGUGCGUGCGUUGUUGGAUAAGGGGGCGGAUCCUAACCUUGGCGAUGACUUCAGCAGCGUGUACGAGAUCUCACGCGAGAAGAGCAUACACUCCCUGGAGGUCCUGGUGACGCGUGAGGAUGAGUUCUCCAGUCGUCUGAGUUCCAGAGCUAACUUCCGAGGCUGCACCGCGCUGCACUACGCCGUCCUGGCUGACGAUGUGACUACUGUAAACACACUACUGGAGGCAGGUGCCGACCCACUGCAGACUAACAGCCAGGGCCACACGGCAGCCCAGUACGCCAAAGACGGACCUCUACAGGACCUGCUGAAGGAGUGGGAGACCAAGGGUAUUGAGCAGCGUAAGAAGAGGGAGGCGGAGGAGAGGAGGCGGUUUCCUCUGGAGCGGAGGCUGAAGGAACACAUCAUCGGACAGGAGGGAGCAAUUAACACAGUCGCCGCAGCGAUCAGAAGGAAAGAGAACGGUUGGUAUGAUGAAGAGCAUCCUCUCGUCUUCCUCUUCCUCGGCUCUUCUGGCAUUGGGAAGACUGAGUUGGCUAAACAAGUGGCUCGCUACAUGCACAAGGACAUCAAGAGGGGUUUCAUCCGCAUGGACAUGUCAGAGUUCCAGGAGAAGCAUGAGGUGGCUAAGUUCAUCGGUUCCCCGCCGGGCUACGUGGGACAUGAUGACGGUGGUCAGCUGACUAAGCGUCUUCGCGAGUCUCCCAACGCGGUCGUGCUGUUCGACGAGGUGGACAAGGCCCACCCAGACGUACUCACCAUCAUGCUACAGCUCUUUGAUGAGGGCCGUCUAACAGAUGGUAAAGGGAAGACUAUUGAGUGCAAAGACGCCGUGUUCAUCAUGACGUCUAACGUGGCCAGCGACGAGAUAUCCCACCAUGCACUGCAACUGCGGCAGGAAGCUCAGGAGCAGAGCAGACGACGCCUAGCGGACAACCUGGAGGAUGUCCAGAAGUCUAAUCAGGUCACCAUCUCCAAACAGUUCAAAGAGGACGUCAUACGACCCAUACUGAAGGCCCAGUUUCGACGUGAUGAGUUCCUGGGUCGCAUCAAUGAGAUUGUCUACUUCCUGCCCUUCUGCCACUCAGAGCUGAUACAGCUGGUCACCAAGGAACUGGCCUUCUGGGCCAAGAAGGCUAAGCAAAGGCAUGACAUCACUCUGCUGUGGGAUGCUCCGGUGUUGGACCUGCUGGCUGGAGGAUACAACGUCCACUACGGAGCACGUUCCAUCAAACACGAGGUGGAGCGCUGCGUGGUGAACCAGCUGGCCGCCGCCCACGAGCAGGAGCUCCUCCCCCAGGGCUGCACGCUCCGCCUCUCCGUCGACACCGGAUUGGACGAGGAGCAGAAUGGGGCAGGGCCAACGCUGAGGCUGGAGGUGGUGGGAGAGGACAGUUCCACCAGAACACUCGACAUACGCCCCCCAUUAAACCCUCAACACACAGCAUAUGCACACUAACACAGACACACACAAACACACACACACUCGACAUACGCCCCCCCACUAAACCCACAACACACUGCCUACACUCACACACACACACACGACAUAUGACCACCGAUGAACCCCCAACACGCAGCCUACACACACGAACACACACACAUACGGCAUACGACCGCCACGUAGCCCACUACAGACUGCCUAUACACACCAAUGUAAACUCUAGAUAUACACCAUCCCCCUUCCCAACCCACAACAGUCCACCUACACACACACACACACACACACACACACACACACACACACACACUACCAGUACUGCUGCUUGUGUUGGUUAAUAAAGAUGUGACUGGAACAGCAUCACGAAUCUGACUGCCCCUGUCUGUUAGCAUUAGCAUUAACAUUAGCUUUAACUAGCAUCUCCACAGAAACUCCCUCCAAAUGCGCUACGCAGCUAUGAAUCUGUCUGUUAGCAAUAGCAAUAGAAUAAGAGUCCAGGGUUUAGAAGAUGGAUUGAGGAGAUCAGAGAGUUUGUUACUGAACUGCCAAUGCAAUGAGAGAAACUCUGUUCAUUACUGCCAAUGUAAUAUAUUUGGUGUGAACUGCUAGCAGCUAACCGCCAUGCUAUCGUAACGACACAACUAACCCAUGCUGAUAUGCUAGCAUAGCAACUUCUUUGCUACCAUAGGAAAAGUCA